CAUGGUGUCAGAGGCCUUUAUAAACCCAACAAAGAAAGUAAGAUACGGCUCAUGGUGUCAGUGGCCUUUAUAAAUCCAACAAAGAAAGUAAGAUACGGCUCAUGUUGUCAGUGGCCUUUAUAAACCCAACAAAGUAAGAUACGGCUCAUGGUGUCAGUGGCCUUUAUAAACCCAACAAAGAACAAGUCUUUUAACACGGUUUGUCUCAGUAACUGUAAGACAAAAUGAACAGUUUUCACUAUUUACUGUGAACUCGCUGUUGACUGAGAUAAUCAUUAGAGUGCAAGAACACAUUCCAUGCCAGCACCCAGUAUAAACUCAGGGAACAUUAUAAAUAAAACUUCAAGCAAGAAGAUAGGGAAACACUCAUUUUUACCAUUGUGUCAAUAUCACAUGAUCAUCUAGCAGGCAAAACAGAAGAUCAAAUAGGAAUAAAAUCAUAUUGGUGUUCAUUGUGCCUAAAGAAUACUAACUAUAACUCUAAAUUUAUUAUACACAUGAGUAGCCAUACAGGUGAGAGACCAUAUAAUUGUUCAGAGUGUCAAAAACAAUUUUCACAAGAAGGCUAUUUAAAAAUGCACAUGAAUCUUCAUACAGGAGAGGAAAAACACCUGUGCUCAAGGAAACAUCAUCAGUGUUCAGUUUGUGUGAAGAAUUUUGCACAAAAACACUUUCUAGAUGAUCAUAUUAAAAUUCAUACCGGAGAGAUGCCAUACCAGUUUAUGGAAUCUCAAAACGGCUUUAAAAAUAAAUCUAAAUUGAUGAGACUCAUGCAGGUCCAUAAAAGAAAGAAAUCAUACCCUUGUACUGAAUGUCAAAAGACCUAUAAAGUAAAAUCUAAUCUAGUUCUCCAUAUGAAAGUUCACCAAAAGACAUCAUACCGCUGCUCUGAGUGUCUAAUUUGCUUCAAAGAAAAAUAUGAGUUAGUGAAACACAUGAGGAACCAUACAGGAGAGAAACCAUAUAAAUGCUCAAAGUGUUUAAAAAAUUUUGCACAAAGCUCUGAAUUAGUAGAACACUUGAGGGACCAUACAGGAGAGAAACAAUAUAAAUGCUCAAAGUGUUUAAAAAUUUUUGCACAAAGCUCUGAAUUAGUAGAACACAUGAUGGACCAUACAGGAGAGAAACCAUAUAAAUGCUGCGAGUGUCCAAAGACUUUUAAACAAAAAUUAAUAUUAGUAAAGCACAUGAGGAAUCAUUCUCUAAGGAAACCAUAUGAAUGCUCAGAAUGUCUAAAGAAGUUUAAUAACAAAUCUGAUUUAGUAAUACACAUGAGGAAGCAUACAGGAGAGAGACCAUAUCAGUGCUCAAAUUGUCUGAAGAAGUUUUCUAGGAAACGUCAUUUAGUAAAACACACCAAGAUUCAUACACAGACCAAACCAGGAAUUCUAGCUCCUAGGUUGAGGAAAGGAUGUCAUUAUACAUCCCAUUCCAUUGAGGUCCUUGGUGGUGGUGUUUGCUGUGGAAUAUGGAUCAUCUGGAAGACGUCCCAAUUCCCCUCCCGAGUUCUGGAGGGUGGCAUAAGAUGUCCUUUAGGUGACAGGUGUAUCUCUGGAGCCUGCCUGUUGUAAUGAUGCAAAUCAACCCCUUGAACCAUACCUAUGAUAAGAUAGGUGUUAGAAAUGUAGAAGACUCCUGGUGCCAGACGUCUCAGGUCUCGUUGUUUGAGAAGUCUACCUUUUGUGUGAUAAAUGUAGGUGUUGGGUCUUAAAACAUGUGGUGUACACCUCAUGGGGGGGGGGAUGAACCCCAAAACCUGGAGUUUAGGUGGGUGCUUUAAGGACCAUAUAAGCUCAAGGAAACAGCUAAGGAGGAGAUUCUGGUGGAGCUCUGGCCUGUGUACAGAGCUCUGCUAGAAGUCUGCUAGAGAGUCUCUGGGGGAGACUGUUGGAGACACUGGGCAGAGUACUGGCUUGGAGCAGUGCUCGUGCUGUGCAGGACUUGGGACCUGUGGCUAGAGUCUGACUUGGUUCCUGUGGUGAACUGUACACUAAACUUCUAUUGUAAGUAAAUAUUCUGUUUCAUCAGUUAAAUUGUAACCCGUCUCACUGCUUAUGUACAAUACCCAG